AUGGUACGGAAUUUUAUUUUCUUUAAUCGUUACAUACUAAAAAAUGGUAUCAGAUUCGAAUACAUAGUUAAUGAAGACUUGAAAACCGCCUUGAGACCGGUAGAAAUACUAACGUCGCCUCGUCUCAUAAAGUCACAUUUGCCUUUGCCGUUAUUACCGGCACAACUUUGGUCUAAACUACCCAAGUUGAUUUACGUCUAUCGAGAUCCGAAGGAUGCCCUCAUUUCUCAGUACAAUUUCGGCCGCAGCAUGGGGCUUAAUAUGCACCAGACUUUGGAACAGUUUUUGACAGAGAAAAUCGAAAGCCGCGAGACGGAAUGUGAUUUUGAUCAUGUUACGGAAUUUUAUUUUCUUCGCUCGCAACCUUGGCUUUAUUACACCAGUUUUGAACGUAUGAAAAUGAAUCUCCGACAAAUUAUUGAAGAUAUUUGCCAGUUUUUAGACCGGUCCAUAAGUGAGGAACAAAUGCAUCAAAUGUUAAAGCACUUGUCGUUCGAAGAAAUGAAAGAGCUGCCAAAAUUUGACUAUUAUUUAUUCAAGCAGCUCUGUGCUUUGCCUUUUAACACGGAAUUUAGCGAGAGCUUUGUUUAA